AUGUCCACCCUUGGGAGCACAUGUUUCACUGAAGAGCAAGAAGCUCUUGUGGUCAAGUCAUGGAGCGUGAUGAAGAAGAAUUCUGCUGAACUGGGUCUCAAGCUUUUCUUGAAAAUAUUUGAGAUUGCUCCAUCAGCUCAGAAAUUGUUCUCUUUCUUGAGAGAUUCAAAAGUUCCUUUGGAGGAGAACCCCAAGCUCAAGCCUCAUGCCAUGUCUGUCUUUGUCAUGACUUGUGAAUCAGCAGCUCAACUGCGGAAGGCUGGAAAAGUCACUGUGAGAGAAUCAACCUUGAAAAAGCUAGGUGCUACCCAUUAUAAAUAUGGAGUAGUAAACGAGCAUUUUGAGGUUACAAAGUUUGCACUACUGGAUACCAUAAAAGAAGCUGUACCUGAAAUGUGGUCACCAGAGAUGAAGAAUGCAUGGGCACAAGCUUAUGAUCAGCUGGUCGGUGCCAUUAAAUCUGAAAUGAAGCCAUCAUCUUCUUAG